AUGGCUGUUGUCUCAAAGCUGGCGUCGAGUCGCUUUCUCGGAUUUUACGCCCUCCAGCUGCUCUGCCUCACUGCGGCGGUCCGAAUUCUCAACGCAGUGCUGUGCCGACGGCGCGCUGGAAGUGGCAGUACAAAGCAUCGCUCUCACCGCUCCUCUCCGUCGUACGUCAGCGGCAGCGGCGAUGAGGACGCAAUCAGGAUGAACCGCAUCUUCUGGGAGCGCCUUGGUUCUCUUCUCCGAGUGUGCAUCCCUCGUUUUGUAUCCCUCGAAUUCGGGAGUGUUCUCCUCAUGUUGACCCUCUUCUACCUGCGCACCCGCCUGACUUUGCUGUUUGCAAGGGUUGUGGGGCGCAGUGGUCGGUUCCUCGUCGAGCACAACAAAAAGGCGUUUUGUUUUUGUGUGGCAGACAUCGGUUUGCUCGCCAUUCCGGGAGCGAUUCUCCAAAUCGGACUAAAGUACGUGAAGAUAAUGACGCAGCAGCGGCUGCGCGACAACUUGCAGGCGGCCCUUCACAAAGAGUACCUCAAAGGCACCACUGUCUACAUGAUCUCCACGCAGAACGCCACCAUCGACAACACCGAUCAUCGUCUCACGCAGGAGACAGAUCAGUUUUGCAGAAGCGUCGCUGGUGUGUUCCGCGCCCUAUUCAAACCAAUCCUGGAUGUGGUGACGCUGUCCAUAGAGCUCUCGAAACAUGGGGGACCUUCACCCCCUGCUUUCUUAAUCUCCUACUACCUCCUCAUUGCAACGUGCAUGUCGGUGCUGCUACCCAACUUUGCUCAGCUGGUGGCGACAAGCCAACAGAAGGAAGGAAAUCUGCGCACGAAACACCACCAGCUCAUUUCGCACGCGGAGGAGAUCGCCUUCUACAACGGUGAGGAGAUCGAGUGCGAGCACGUGGGGCGCCUACUGCGGUCCCUCAUCCGCCACGAGUACAAGAUCAAGCGCACAAAGUGGCUGACUGGCUGCAGUGACAGCUUAUUCAUCAAGUACGGCGCUAGCAUUGUUGGGUACCUUCUGUGCAGUCUUGUCGUCGUUGACCAAUGCCAUCUGAUGAGCAAGGGCGAACUUACUCAACUGUACCUCCAGAGUGUGCAGUUGUACGUGCCUUUUUCCGAAGCGAUUGGUCAGAUACUGCUCAUGCACAAACAACUAGGUGCGUUGUGCGGCAGCGUGCACCGCAUUGGCGAGCUGCGCGAGAGACUGGAGCGCAUCAACGCGUUGAAUGUACGUAGUGAGAUGGCCAAUGUUGUCUACUCGGAUGAUUUGGUACAAUGGUCACACGUAGAUAUUGUUAGCCCGGCUGGCGUGAGUGUUCUGCGUGAUUUUAACCUUACUGUUACCCCUGGAAGACACACACUAAUCAUGGGCAGCAACGGCUCCGGCAAGACGGCACUGAUGCGUGUGCUUAGCGGGCUAUGGCCGCUUGCCAAGGGCAGAGUGACUCUCCCAACGGCCCCUGAGUCGUUCAUGUGUCUGCCGCAGCGUACAUAUCUUCCACCUGGCUCGCUGCGCGCGGUGCUUACGUACCCGUACGUAACAGAAGACACCUGCAACGGCAAGUCUGAGCAGGCCUUCGUGCCGGAUGAGGUUAUCAUGUCCGCGGCAACCUCAUUCGGUCUCAGCACAAUGAUGGAUCGCGAAGGCGGUUUGGAUGCCUCCGAGAACUGGGAGGAAGUGCUGUCGGGUGGGGAGCGUCAACGUGUGGCCCUGGUGCGUGUCCUGUUGCACCGCCCGCAGUUUGCGUUCCUCGAUGAGUGCACCAGCGCAAUUUCCCAGGAUGAAGAGCCAUUUUUCUACAGCCUACUGCAGAAGGCGGGUGUGACGUUGAUCUCGGUGUCGCAUCGUGAGGCACUGCGCAAGCUACACCGCGUCGUCAUCUCCCUGGACGGGGAAGGCGGCUACCAGGUCAGCGAAGAGUAA